AUGGGCCCACGGAGAUCGCAUCGCAAGUCGCGCAAUGGGUGUCGAGAGUGCAAGACACGGAGAUUGAAAUGCAAUGAAAGAUAUCCCUGCACCAACUGUGUCAAGCAUGACAUUCCAUGCAGCUAUGUCGCUCCAGUUGAGCCAAGCGAUGCGUCUCCAGCACCGUCAACACCCGCCGAGCUGCCAGCGACGCGACCGCAGCCAUCACAGCCCCAAUCUCAAGUAACGACUCCAUCCGGACUUCAUGCCUGGACAGCAUCCUCUUCAGAAAACAGAGCCGAUCUGUUGGAUCUUCUAUGCACCUCGCCAGAGGACACUCCCUCCAAAGAAGACUGGGCCCUCGACCUAGAGCUGAUGCACCACUUCAGCACUGUCACCUGCAAUACCCUCGCCAUCCGCCCGGACGCCCGACAUACCUGGCAGUCCGUCGUUCCCGUCGAGGGCUACUCCAACGAAUACGUCAUGCACGGCCUCCUCGCGAUAGCAGCCAUGCACCGCGCCUACCUCUAUCCCGCCCAGAGAGACCGAUACACCAAGGCAUCAGCCUAUCACCAGGCCGCGGGCCUAAAAGAGUUCCGGGACCUGAUCGCCUCCCCUAUUGACCCGAGCAACUGGCAGCCGGUGUUCUGUUUUGCGUCGAUGAUCACCGUGCACGUGUGCGCGUUGCCACUGCGUCUGGGUAUUGAUCGCUGGCCGGCACCAAUUUCAAAUAUGGUGGAGAUGUUCUCGGUUAUUACGGGGUUUCAAACUAUUAUGCAGCCGUUUUUACCGUUGCUGAAAAGGACCCAGUGGGCGCCUUUUGUUUGUUCCGUUUGGAUUGAGGAUGAGAUGAUGCCACCAAAGUAUGUCUGCCUUCUGACACUUGACUAUCAAAAGAAUGGACCCGCUAACAUGGUUCUUGGAAGUCCGUCGACAAUCAAACAGUCCCUCCUUCCUCCAGAUACAUGGACACAGCUUGAUCGACUCCGACAAUUCAUCCAAGACUAUUCUUUCCCGCAAUCGUCAAAUACAUCCCACUCUAAUCAAGACCAAGACCAAGACCGGCUCAGCGACUACAAAACAGCACUCUCCUCCCUCGAACAGUCCACCCGCCAAAUCGAGCUCGCCGGCCCAAAUAUUGAAUUCGGCAUGAUCCUCCUAUGGGCAUAUCGGCUCUCAAAACGUUUCCGCGAUGACCUAGAAGCGCACCAGCCCGCAGCACUGAUUAUUCUUGCGCAUUGGUGCGUACGUCUGCAUUUAGUGGAUCAUUACUGGUUUGCGAAGGGCGCAGCGCGACAGUUGCUUGAGGAUAUUGAAAGGAAGAUUGUACAUCCUGGGUUUCAGGAAUGGUUAGCCUGGCCGAGACGGUGGGUUUUGGUGAGAUGA